GAUGUAUUAAAAAAAAAUAAAAAAUCAUGAGUUCAAUUCCAAAGACUUUUCUUCUGAAAAAAAUGAAGAAUCUAUACUAAGUUUAAUUUAAAGCAUCAAGGAUAAUAAAUAGAUAUAAGAAUUAAUGUAAUUCUUAGUUCAACUCACAUCUAUUGAUAAAGCUUUAAUAUAGGGCGGGUCGAAUUCAUUAUAUUUAUUAGUUUAGAUGAAGGUGGACCUUAGAAACAAAAAUUUGUAAAAUAUUAAGAUCUAAAAUACUUCUUUAGUAGGAUCUAAUUUUGUUAGUUGUAAUUUUAGUGGAUCUUAAUUUAAUAAUGUCAACAUAACUGGAAUUAAUCUGAAUGGAGCAUAAUUAAUUAAUUGUAAAUGGAAAAUCUUGAGAAUCCAUGAAUUAAAUAAAUUUAAUGGUCAUAGAUAUGAAGUAAGAUCAAUUUGUUUCUCUCCUGAUGGAAAAACAUUAGUAUCUGUAGGUGAUAGGUAUUAUGGAGGUGGUGAUUAGUCUAUCCGUCUAUGGGAUGUCAAAACAGGAUAAUAAAAAGCCAAAUUAGAUGGUCAUAGUGAAUGGGUCUACUCAGUCUGUUUCUCUCCUGAUGGAAAUACAUUAGCUUCUGGUAGUGAUGAUAACUCUAUCCGUCUAUGGGAUGUCAAAAACAACUAUUGUUCAGAUUAUAGAUUUAAAGAAAUUUAGGUUAAAAAUACAAGAUAUCCUUUUUUAACACCCCUUUGCAGUAAAAGAAUAUUAUUUAAAAUUUAGAUACAUCUAAUAUUAUGGUUUACCCAGACUUCAAUUUUUCAAGGUUUAAGAGAGUUUUUUAUUAACAACCGUUUCCUUUUAAGAGAAUUAUUGGAGUAACACUUGAUUAAUUUAAAAACUAACUUAUAUUAACCCUUAAUUUAAAUCUAUUUUAAUAUACUUCUUGUGUCCAAUAUUUG